AAAGCCCUCCUUUUCUUCAAACGGUCGCGGUUACUACACACCAACAACAGUGGUUGACAAGGAAAUUGAUUUAGCUAACUUAACUAACAAAUAGCCAGUACUCUUAACACGCCUAACGGCACGAAAGUGUCGUGUCGACCUAGUAAAUCCUCUGUUUUAGUCCCUGUCGUUCUUCAUCUUACUGACAUUGGCUAGCUAGCUGGAUCCUCCUUUAGCUAAAUAAGGAAUGAUGCCGAGCUCUGCUCAGAUCCGCCAGCGAGGAGCCCAGGACUUCGGCGGUUUCUAUGACUACGCGUGUGCCGCGCAGGGCUCAGCCCCCGUGCCCGCCGUGAAGGCAAGCCUGCUCCGAGGAGCGCUGGACUUUACCGGAGACGCCGUUAGCCUGCCGGACUGGACGCCCAUUCUGUCAGCCUUGACCAUCAACAAACAUCUACAGAACGUUUCCAUCAGAAGCUUCUACCUCAGCGGUCUGGGGUCACAGGCCUGUGGUAAGGCCUGCAGCAGAAAGAAGACUCCUGCUAUCCAGUCGAAGAGUGUGACGUUGCAGCUUUGCAGAGCGCUGCAGAAGUGCAUGUGUGUCUCACCAUGCCUUAAGACCCUCCAGAUCCACGGGCUGCCGCUGCGCGAGCGAGACCUCGGCUUGCUCACCAAGGGGUUGGCCAAGAGCGUCUCUUUGGAGCAUCUGUCUCUUGCUCACUGUCCAAUUGCAGAUCAUGGACUAGAAGCUGUCUGUCAGGGUGUGAAGUAUUCCACCACAAUAAGGACAGUGGAUUUCACUUCCUGUAAUAUAACCUGGAAAGGUGCUGAACACAUGGCAAACAUUAUAAAGCACCAGGCAAUGAGGCGGCACAGCGUGGCAUGGGCGGAGUCUUUGCGGUAUAGGAAGGCGGAGUUUGAGGCGAUGGGAGGGCUGCGCAGGAUCACGUUCAACGACAACAUUCUGAUUGGAGACAGAGGGGUGACAGCACUUGCUCAGGAGCUCACAGAGGACCUUUGGGUCAAAGCGGUGGACCUUCAGAGAUGCGGUAUCUCUAAUGAAGGUGCUCAAAUCCUGGAGAAGAUGCUCCGAUCUAACUCCAUUCUAUGUGUGCUGGACAUCAGGAGGAACCCACUAGUUGAUAAUGAGUUGGUCAAGGCUGUGAUUAAGAAAGUGCUUAUGAACACCAAAGGACAAGACUCGCAGUACCUUUGGAUAAAGCCUCCAGCUAAAGAUGCACACGACCACUCUGGCCAGGUGACGAGGAGGGGAGCAGGAAGAGGUCACUGCAGAAUGGAAGGUUCACGUCGGGCGUCUUCAGCGGUAUGUGGGUGGAGACCGCUUCGGCCUGGCUCCUCCGCACAUAUCCCAUGGCGCACUGCAGCACGAGCGCAACUUCAGAGGGGUCUUCCGCAGGGUGCCUCAACAGGAAAUCAAAGUUUUCAGAAUGCCUCCUCUGUCCGAAUCACUAUGGAGACAGAGAGCGAAUCGGAGUCCGAGGAUGCAGAGAGCUCAUUGCUUAGUGUGUGUGCACGGAGACGUGAGGAAACCGUUAACAGCAGCAAGUUCAGACGUAUACAGGCAGACUACAAGCGCUUACAGGUGGAGCUGGAGGAAUGCAGACGCAGGCUAGCAGAGGAGAGAAAUGCAAGACUGGAAACCAAUUCCCGUCUGGUGGAGCUGGAGUUGGAGAACAGUCGUCUGCGUAGUCUGAACCAGUCUCUCUCUAACGUCCACGUGAGCCACUCUGUCCUGGAGGACGAAGGUGUGCUGGACAGCAUUGAGGCUUCUUUCCACAAAUUCCACGCAUUCCUAGACCUUCUCAAAGAUGCUGGGCUGGGCCAGUUGGCGUCCAUGGCUGGUAUCAAGCAGGCAGACUUUGGGCUCCUGGGUCGUCCUCAGCUCUCCUCUACAGGACGAACGGGACAGGGGGACAAGGGCCUCGUGUUGAGAGCGGAGGGCACUGCUCUGACGGACAUCCCCCAAAGAGCCUCCAGGCUUCAGUACAGUAGACCCUCCUCUGGGGCCUCUGAUGCCUCCAAGAACUCCCAUUAUUCCCAGGGUCCACAGGAGGCGACCCUCUUCCAAGCUGUCCGCCCUAGCACCUCCCCUCCUCCUGAGCAGCGGAUCGCCUCUCCGACCCAAAGCUGCGGUGAGGUGUCUGAGAAGGGCAGGGGCAUCCAGGGCCCGAAGUCCGGGAGUUCAGCCGGUAGCAGCGAUGCCUCGGGUUCUUACAGAGAGGACUUCUCAGAGGACAAGGUCUCGCUGAGCUCUAGAUCUUCCAGCAUCUCCCAGGUUGGGUCUGGGAGGCACGCUGCCUUGGAGGUCCAGACAGAUGCGGUUGGCUGGGCUGGGCUCUAGGGCCAGCUCAAAUGCUGCUGUUUGGGAGGACCGGUUUCAAUGCUCGGUGCCCAACAAACUUUGCCGUGAUUCAUUGUGAGAAUUCAGACAAAUCAAAAACACUGACCUGUAAUAAAGAAUUAUCAUUACAGGUCAGUGGUCAGAACAUUUCUGAUUGCUUUACUGUCAUGCUGUUUUCCCCAUGUUUUACAAGCAAGAUUUGGGAUAGUGAAUGAUUUAAAAGAAUAAAUACCUGGAGAUAGCAUGACUA